GAUGAUUUUUGUUUUGUUUUUCAUUUUUUGAUCAAUUUCUAAAACAAAAAUUGAAUUUUUAUUUUAAAGAGUGAUAAUUUUUGAAUUUUUCUUCCGUUGUUUUUCACAAUGAAUAAUUGAAAAUCAGCUACCAAGCCAGAAAUCAAGAUCAAGAAGAGAUUUUUUUAAAAAAUGUCACUUUGUGAUGAUAAACGUUUCAUUUUAUCACAUAUCCGUCAUUCAUUUAUUACCUGUGAUGAUACUGGAAUGUGUGAAACGGUUAUGCUAAAUGAAUCGGCUAAUCGUUAUCCAGUGGAAUCUAUUUAUCAACAUUUUGAUUAUUAUUCGGAUGAUGAUGAUGAAUAUUUCAACAACAAUGAUGACGACGAUGAUGAUGAUAAUACCAUCAAUAAUAAUAAUAAUUUGAAUGAUCAUCAUCCCAAUCAACAACAAAAUAAUGAAAUUGAAUUAUUAAAAAAAACCGAAUUAGAAUAUCAAUCCGAGUUGGUUGAUGAUGAUCAGCAACAACCGACACAUUCAUUGGAUAUAAUGUAUGAUUCAUAUGAAAUCGGUAUACGACGACGAUCAAAUACUGCACAAAAAUUGGAAAAAUUAAAAAAAGAACGUAAAGUACAAUCAAAAACUAAAUUAGUUCAAUGGAAAGGUAUGGCACCGAUUGUUUCAACUGAUGAACAUGAUGAUGAUUUAAUUAAAAUCAAACGUAUCGUAUUGGAUGCCGAACAAUUGCCACGAGAGGAACGUGAUUUAUUGGAAUUUGAUCCAAAGGAAAAUGUUUAUUAUGAAACCGAAGCAUAUCGUGCAUUUCUUUUUCCGAAAAAAGAAAUCGAGUCAUCUGAACAAACGCCCACCGAUGAAAUCUUCAAAGAUUUGUCAUCAAAACCGCGAAGAAAAUCAAUGCUUACACAACAAAUCGAACAAACGCCGGUAGCACCGAUGAAUCCAUUCAAUGAAUUCACACGUUUUGAUGGCCGGUUUGUUGAUAGUACCGUAUCGACAAAACGUUUGCGAAUAUUUUUCAAUAUUUUAAAAAAUAACACCGAAUUCGAACCGUAUGAUUUUCGAGAAAAAUUUCCACAAUCCUUAUCCGGAUUGAAUUGUGGUUCAAAUUGGAUCGAAGUUAUUGUUCGGUCGGAUGCACGUGUUUGUGAUCUAAUUGGAUUGAUUUGUUGGCAUUAUACACAUCUACAAAUUGGUCCAUCACUGAAACCAAAUCUAAAAGCAUAUGCAUUAAAAAUGUGUGAAGAAAAUGGUGAAGUCGAAGAUGAAUUUCCAAAUUUAGAAUUUAAUGAUGAAAUAAAACGUUAUGAUUUUCCUUGUUUGGCAAUGAUACCCAAUGAAACCAGAAUCAUUGUCACUGUCCAUAUUGAUUCGGAAGAUGUAUUUUCGCAAUUUGUUUUCGAUUCAACCAAAACACAAUUGAAUGAAAUUAUCGAACAGAUCAAGAAAAGACGUCCACAUCUUUUUCGUAGUAGAAAUGUUGUCGAUUGUCAGCUGGAAUUAUGUUCACAGCCCGGUAUUUCAUUGGAUUUAGAUUCAACUAUUUCCCGAUAUCUUGGUAAACAUUAUCCACACAAUCAAUCGAUCAAUUUUUCAUUGAAAUUUUGGGAAAAUUGUGCGAAAUCCGAUUCUGCCAAAUCAUCCGAUACAUUAACAAUUAAAGAAAAAUCUUCAUCGUUGCCAAAAGGAAUUUCAGGAUUACGUCUGAAUAAAUCAUCAUCUGCAUUGCAUAAUUUGGACACCAAUUCGAAUGCGGCCACAUUGAAACCGAAAAAAAUUCGUGAUCCAAAUGAUUUCGGAUCCAAUUUUAUCGAUAUAAUGAAAGCACCACUCUAUCAAUGUUUCGAUGUUAAUCUAAUCACAAAAUUUACUAAUUCACCAAUUGAAAUGGGUAUUUCGGAAACUAAAUUAGAAAUAACACCCAAAAUGAAUAAUCCAUCUAGUCAUUUUACUGGAAAAUUUCUAUCACGAAUUCUGGGCGUCAAAGCAAGAAAUAUUAACAUCGAAGAUGUUGUUGAUUGUGAAUUACAUAAACAAGUUGCAUUAGGCCGACAUAUAUUCAAAAUUGUUUGUUGGAAUGGAAAAAUGUUUAUUGAACUGAAAUUUGAAGCCGAUUCGAAUACUGUUGAUGAAAUUGUUUUCAAAUUGAAAAAUGUAAUGAAAUUACGUACAAGCUUACGUCGAAAUGAAUAUCAAAUGUAUAAAAAUCGUAAAAAGAAUAUAUCGACAAAAGUUUAUUUCAAUUCACGUUUGAUAUCAUCCGGUUCAUCCGAAUCUGGCAGUGAAGAUUUAAUGACCGAUAUGGAUAUUGUUUCGGCUGCUUUAUCGAGCAAUUCUAAUGAUGAUAUUAUCAUUAAUAAUGCCAGUAAUACAAGUCAAAAUAUUCGAAGUUCAAAAUUUCGUCGGUUUCGAAGUUCGAAGAAGAAUUUUUAAUUGAAAAACCCGAACAAAAAGUGA